GAAUUAGUUCCAUUUCUAUAGAUCUAUAAAUACUCACGUUCAUUUUAAUGAGGAAUCUUUCCAAACGAACGCUCUUUUGAAAUUUCAAGAAUUCAUUAUUAAAUCCUUAUCAUUAGUAAUUUCAGUAGUUCCGGACCAUAUUGAAACUACCUUUAUUAUUUUGUAUUUUUUUUUGUUUUAAAAGUGUUAUAUUUUUCAUUUAAUUGCGGUAUCUUAGUUACAUUUUAUAAAGAAAUUGGACUCAGAUAGUAUAUGUUAUCAGAGCCGGAGAUAAUAAUAGCAACCUCUGUCCUAAAUCAUUUAUCUCGGGCAGUAUAUUAACAAUUUAUACAUUUGUUUAUAGAUUGUAAUUAUUCAGGUCUGUUCGAAAAGUGUCAACAUGUCUGUGAUUGCUUGUUUCAUUUGUGAUAACCAGUUUAAAAACGAGUUUGCAUUGAUGCAGCAUAUAUCAAUGAAACAUGGUAUUGAAAAGUUAACUCCAUCAAAUAAUUGUAAGCAUUGUUCUCUAAAUUUCCAUAAUUCAAAAGAGUUACAAAAACAUGAAGAGGAUGUACAUAAAAAUGUCGAUUAUUUUCCCUGCGACUACUGUACGUGCAAUCUCAAAAGUAUUAAGAGAAAACUUGAACAUACGAAAGUAGUCCACGGUAUUACUCUAUUGAUAAAAUGUACACACUGUGAAAUGUUAUUCAAGUGUGAGCAAGAGUUAAACAAACAUAUUGAGAAUAUUCAUACAUGCGAAAUUUGCAAAAUUAUCUUGACAGACUUGAAAGCUAAAGAACUACAUUUACAAAUUAUUCAUAAUAAUAAAUAUUGUUCAUUUUGUUCAAAAAUAUUCAGGAAUUUGAUUGAUUUAAAACAACACAUGAAAGCUGUUCAUACUGAUAUUUUUUUAUGCGUAGACUGUAAUAAGGUAUUUAAGAAAAAAUUAGACUUGGAUCAACAUAUGGUAGCUGUUCAUGAACAAAUUGAAUGCAUGAAAUGUAAUAAAUCGUUCAAGAAAGCUAAAGAUUUGCAACAACAUUUAAUUUUAGUACAUACCCCAAAACAUUCAAUCAAAUCUAAUACCGUUGAAAGCAAUUUUUCUUGUAAAAUUUGUUCGAGGCUAUUUUCUUCUGAAUCGGCUAAAAAUUCACAUUACGAACAAGCUCAUACGUAUCCGUGUCGUUAUUGCACGAAAAAUUUCAAGGAAAUCAGUCAGUUGCAACAACAUACGGAUGAUAAACAUAAAAACGUCGAUUUUUUCCCUUGCAACCACUGUACAAAGGAAUUCAAUACGGAAUUAAGCAGGUAUUAUCAUAUCGAAGCCUUUCAUACAUUCACCUGUUACGUGUGUUAUAAAAAAUUCGACGAAGCUAUACAAUUGGAGCACCACAAACGUAGCCUCCAUCAACCUCAAAACAUUCCAUCACAAAUAUUCAGUUGUCGUUAUUGUCCGAAAACCUUCAACGAAUCGGGCGUUUUGGAACAGCACAAAGUGGCUAAACACAAAAACAUCAAUUAUUUCCCUUGUGAAUAUUGUUUGGAAAAUUUCGAUUCGAAUAUCAGUAGAAGAAAUCAUUUUAUUGGCGUCCACAGUAACUUGUCGGGUAAUUGCUCGAAUUAUCCUACUAUGGAAAUUAAAACCAGACAGAUUAUUUGUAAUUAUUGCCUUAGAUCAUUCAAAUCGAGCGAGGAUUUAAGAAAACAUGAAAUUCAAAUACACAAAAUAGUAAAACUGAACAAAUAAACAAACAUUUUUCAUGUUUUUUUUUUGUGUAUAAAUUCUAAUCGUUAGUUAAAACCAUAAAGUUGAUUAAAAAUAGAUAAGAAAAGAGAGAAAGUGCAUUAGUUUAUCUCUCUCUACUCGCCAUUAAAAUAAAACUUGUUCUUUGCCCUAUCACCACUCGAAACGUCAUGAUGGUCCAAAUCCAAUCAGAAUAAAGGGAGGUGUAUACCCGUUAUUAUUUUUAUCUAUCAACCAUUUUAAUAUAACCUAUACUUCGUUAUCUCUAUGGUGUAAACUGAGGUAUUUGUACGAAAAAAUUGACCGAUUAUCUGUUAUAUAAAAUUAUAAUAAACAUUGUUUUUGAAAGUUAGGUUAGGUUUAUAAUAUUGAUGAUUAUAUGUAUGGAGGGUAGAGGUAAGGAGUACCAUCUCGUAUGAGAGCUUAGCUUAAAAACUGUCCCCUUGUAGACGGUAAAUUAUAAUUCAAAAUUUGACCAGAAUGGCGAGAUAUCAUAAUAUGAUCGUUCAGUUCAGUCUUCCGUCCGUCUUAUUUGAAUAUGCAGUUUUAAAAAUUUUUAAAUGACUAGAGUCGUCGCUUUAUUUAAAAUUUAAACUCGUGCGUUAUAGUAGCGCCUCUCUAACGUAAAUAAUUCUUUCUGUAGCACAGAAAUGGUUCUCCUUACCUCUACACUCCAUAAUUAUAUGAUUAAAAUCUAUUUUGGUGUACAUUUAUAUCUUGUCAUAUAUAAAAUGGCUGUUUUUUUUUGUCAUAAUCGAUGCGUUCCACGAUUGUAGUCGAGAACGUCACUCAUGACGUCAUGUCAAUGUUCACGACGACGCUUGUCAAGAUUUCGGUCGAAGUGAACGUUGAAAAAAUUAGCGGAAUUUUCGAAACUCAAGCAACGCAAAUUGCAACUAUGAGAAUAUGUUUCAUUAUUUAAUGCGUUAUGGGAUAUUAUAAAUACUUUUGAAGGAUUGUUGUGACGCGGAACUUAAUAUUUUACUUCAAUGUAAAUUAGUUGAGCACUCUGCUAAAAAAUUCGAUAACUUACAAAUUAUAACAUAACCUAUUAAAGUUUUCGCUUUAUUUUUUCAGUCGGUCGUGAACGUGAUUAUAGUGAAUAUUGAAUUGAUAAUGUUAUUAUUCAUCAGUUUGUACUGUACUGUACUGUAUCUUAUUUGGAUAUUUCAGCUGUGAUAUUUACAAUUGAUUAACCUUUUGAUCUUCCAGAAUAAUAAUAUUCUAAUAUUGUUACAAAUGUUGAAAACAUUUUUUUAUCACAUUGUUAUAAAUUUUUUUAGUUUAUUAUUACUGGUUUAAAAUGGUGCACCAAAAUUUAAAUUGACACAUGGAGCUUUCGGUUUUUUAUUAUGGAGUAUUUAUUUCGUUGGUUCCCUUAUAUUAUUCAUAAAUAUAUAUUUUAUUUACAAUGCUUUGAAAGUUAUAUUUAGUUUAUAAUAUUUAUCUUUCUAAUCUAUGUUGAAAACGAUUUUAUUUUUAUGUUUAUACCAGUUAAUGACAAAUAAAAUUUAUUUUUAUGGUGGGAAA